AUGGCGUGUGUCCCAUUCACGCUGGUCCUGUGCGCGGUCCUCUCGGUCCUCCCGGUCCCGCUGGUCCUCGCCUCUGGUGCGGACUGGGACUUCCAGGACGUCUCCUCCACUGAUGCCAUCGAAUACAGAGACCCGUGUAAAGCAGUUGCUUUUUGGGGCGACAUUGCUCUGGACGAAGAGGACCUCCGUUUGUUGAAAGCCUUUGAGAAAACAGAAGAUCAUCGGAAAACAGCCCACAGCAGCGCAGCAGACGGAGGCUCGGUCGGGAACAGAACCAGGGCCUCGCGUCGUCGCAGAGCAGCCACCUCCAGACCUGAGCGCAUCUGGCCCGACGGCAUCAUCCCCUUCGUCAUCAGCGGGAACUUCAGCGGGAGUCAGAGGGCCAUAUUCCGCCAAGCAAUGCGUCACUGGGAGAAAUACACAUGUGUGACGUUUAUCGAGAGGACGACUGAAGAGAGCUACAUCAUGUUCACAUACAGACCCUGUGGGUGCUGCUCGUAUGUGGGCCGGCGAGGGGGUGGCCCUCAAGCCAUUUCCAUCGGUAAAAACUGUGAUAAGUUUGGGAUCGUGGUGCACGAGCUGGGGCACGUGGUCGGCUUCUGGCACGAGCACACGCGGCCAGACCGGGACGAGCAUGUGAGCAUCUACAGAGACAACAUCCAGGCCGGUCAAGAAUACAACUUUUAUAAGAUGGAGCCGGGAGAGGUGGACUCUCUGGAGGAGGGCUACGACUUUGGAAGCAUCAUGCAUUACGCAAGAAACACCUUCUCCAGAGGCCUCUUCCUUGACACUAUCCUUCCUCGGUACGAUGUUGAUGGUGUGAGGCCUGUGAUCGGACAGAGGACCAAACUGAGCAAAGGCGACAUCGCACAAGCUCGAAAACUCUACAAAUGUCCGAAGUGUGGAGAGAACCUCCAGGACAGCAGAGGGAACGUGUCCUCUCCUGGUUUCCCCAACGGCUACGAGGCCUACGCCCACUGUGUGUGGAGGAUCUCCGUCACUCCAGGAGAGAAGAUCAUCCUCAACUUCUCGUCCAUGGACUUGUUCCGGAGCCACCUGUGCUGGUACGACCAUGUGGAAGUCCGAGACGGGUUCUGGAGAAAGGCUCCUCUCAAAGGUCGUUUUUGUGGAGACACACUUCCAGAUUCCAUCAUUUCCAGCGACAGUCAGUUGUGGAUUGAGUUUCGAAGCAGCAGUAACUGGGUGGGGAAGGGCUUCUCUGCAACGUAUGAAGCGGUCUGUGGAGGAGACGUGGACAGAGACGACGGUCAGAUCCAGUCUCCAAAUUACCCUGACGACUAUCUGUCCAGUAAGUCCUGCGUCUGGAGGAUCUCUGUGACCGAGGGCUUUCAUGUGGGCCUCUCCUUUCAGGCCUUUGAGAUUGAGAAGCACGACAGCUGCUCCUACGACUUUGUGGAAGUGAGAGAUGGGCCGUCAGAGAGCAGCCCUCUGAUUGGUCGGUUUUGCGGCUAUGAAAAACCAGAAGACAUUAAGAGCAGCUCCAACAAACUCUGGCUGAAGUUUGUGUCCGACGCUUCUGUCAAUAAAGCUGGGUUUUCAGCCAACUUCUUCAAAGAGAUGGACGAGUGUUCGCGUCCGGACAGAGGUCAGUGUGAGCAGCGCUGCCUCAACACUCUGGGCAGUUACAGAUGUGCGUGUGACCCGGGCUUCGAACUCGCAAUCGACAAACGCAGCUGUGACCCAGCUGCGUGUGGCGGGUUCCUCACCAAACUGAACGGUUCCCUGUUCACCCCUGGAUGGCCCAAAGAGUACCCCCCCAACAAGAACUGUGUGUGGCAGCUGGUGGUCCCGCUGCAGUACCGCAUCAGCCUGGUGUUCGACGCCUUCGAGACCGAGGGCAACGAGGUUUGUAAAUAUGACUUUGUGGAGGUGCGCAGCGGCCUCAGCGCUGAGGCUGAACUCCACGGAAAGUUCUGUGGCUCCGAGAAACCAGAAGUGAUCACAUCGAAGCAGAACAGCAUGAGGGUCGAGUUCAAGUCCGACAACACGGUCUCCAAGAGGGGGUUCACGGCCCACUACUUCUCUGAUGUGGAUGAAUGUUCCACAGUGAACGGUGGCUGUCAGCAUGAGUGCAUGAACACGUUUGGGAGCUACACCUGUCGCUGUCGCAGCGGAUUCACUCUGCACGACAACAAACAUGACUGUAAAGAAGCUGGAUGUGACCUAGUUGUGACCAGUGCAUCAGGAGUAAUCAGGAGCCCCAACUGGCCAGACAAAUACCCCAGCAAGAAGGUCUGCACAUGGUCUCUGUCCACGACACCUGGUCACCGCAUCAAACUGAUCUUUAGUGAGAUCGAUAUGGAGUCUCAUCUGGAGUGUGCGUAUGACCAUCUGGAGGUGUACGAUGGUAAGGACCAGCGAGCUCAGAGUCUGGGUCGGUUCUGUGGGAGUAAGAAGCCCUCGCCGCUCCUCUCCAGCAACACCACCAUGUUCUUACGCUUCUACUCCGACAACUCUGUGCAGAAGAGAGGGUUCGAGGCCUCACACCGAUCAGAAUGCGGAGGGACCCUGAAGGCUGAGGUCCAGACCAAAGACCUAUUUUCUCACGCUCAGUUUGGAGACACUAACUACCCCGGAGGAGCGGACUGUGAGUGGGUGGUGUCUGCAGAGAAGGGUUACGGCGUGGAGGUGGUCUUCACCGUGUUCGAGAUCGAGGAGGAAGCAGACUGUGGAUACGACUACGUGGAGCUGUACGACGGGGCGGACACCAAAUCCCCACGACUCGGGCGCUUCUGUGGAUCAGGAGCUCCGGAGGAUCUGUACUCAGCCGGAGACUCCAUCCUGUUAAAGUUUCACUCAGACGACAGCGUGAGUAAGAAAGGGUUCCAUGUGCGGUUCAGCAGCACCAAGUUCCAGGACACGCUGCACCAGAGCUGA